AUGCGUGUUGUUCUCCACGAGACAGCUGAAACUGGAGGCCUGGAUUCAGUGGUGGAUGUGGCUGCAAUGAUGAAGUUCUCAAAUGACCUUGCAGACGUUUUUGAAGCUGUCACAAUCGGUGCUGACGUGAACGCUGACGUGAAAGAGAGCAGGCACAUCACGUUAACAUCGGACGACACCAGUGCGAGAAGCCGCCAUUUUCUCAGCGUCUUCAGAUGGAAGCGAGUGAAAGACGUUUAUGGACACUCAGCCAAAUUCGGCAGCUACAAGUUGAUGCACAAUGAAACAAACACAAUUGUGGAUAUACAACUAAUUCAGAGCAAUGAAGUCGGUGGAAGUUACAAGAUGGAAAAGGAAGGAUUAAAACGUUGCCUUCAUAAGCUGGAGGUUGACUGCAUAGUCACCGAUCGCCAUCCGCAAAUUCAGAAGUACCUAAGAGAACGCAGAAUCACUCAAUUCUAUGAUGUGUGGCGCUUUGAACAAGGUUUGUCUAAGAAACUCGAAAAGCUUUCGCAAAGGAAGGAAUGCGAGGUGGUGAAGAAAUGGCUGAAAAGCAUCAAAAACCAUGUUUACUGGAGUGCGACUUCCUCUGUGUCUGGCCCGGAAAAGGUGGCAAAGUGGACAUCACAAUUGAACCACAUACAACAUGUACAUGGGGAAUGCACGGCAAAGCCAGUGAAAACAGACCCAACAUACAGCUACGUGGAUGACCUCAUGAGCCUUCUGCUACAUGAGGUCUUUUUGGACCCCGCGCCAUAUGUGGAAGAGCUGCAGUCAAUCCCAAUUCCACCAACUCAGCUGAAAUUAUUAACUAGCUCACAUCAAAAUUAA